AUGUGGUUCAACUUGGAGAGAAAACAUUUAUUAGCACUUGCCACGUGGCAAUUUGCAAUAUUUUUCGCCGGCCAGAAUAUUUUCGGGAUUUUUGCCACGUUUAUCCCACCGAAUUCGAGCCGAAAUUGCUCAAAUCCCGAAAUCUUUUCGAAUUUUUCAAAACACGGCGAAUUUUUCAAAUCAGCCGCUGUGGAAUUCGACUGGAUUUGCGGCAAUUCGAAAUAUUAUCGUGAUCUCUUCUCGCAAGUGCAUUAUUCUGGAGUUUUGGUGGGCACCAUGGUUUUCGGCACGUUGUCGGAUAGAUACGGUAGAAAACCGGUGGGUACGGUAGUGUUGGGUCUCGCCGCGAUUUCCACAUUUUAUACGGCUUUUGUUCGGAGUCAGGAGAUGCUUUUUAGCGUGAGGUAGGUUGGGGGAGGUGUUCUGAGAGCCAGGGAACUUAUUAGAUAUCAAAAUGAAGCUCUUGCUCUGGCAAGUCACAUGCAAACUCUAAUUUUUGAAGAUUCUUCGUAGGCUUUGCCUCAGGCGGAAUCCCCGUCGUGAUCUGCACCUGGGUAAUGGAACUAUUGCUCGCCGAGCAACGAAUGGUUCUACGUGGAAUUUUCAAUUGGGGCUGGACUCGCAUCUUCCUCACCACCAUCUGCUAUUUCAUCCAAAAUUGGCGGAACGCCUUAAUAGUCUGUGCACUCUUCACACUUCCCGCGAUUUUCCUGGUGAUCUUUGUGCUCCCCGAGUCGCCGCUUUGGAAAUCGCGCGACACUCGUCAAGAUCAUAGUAUUUGGCGCCAGAAGAAUCGCGGAGCUGCCAAACAUUUCUGGCGACGAUUGACAACACUUUGGUGCAUGUGGUUUGUUGCGUCGAUUUGUGGAUUUGCGGUGGAUUUGAAUUCGGGUCGCCUGUCCGGAAAUCUGUAUUUGAAUCAGAUUUUGUUUGGUGUGAUUUUGGUGGCAUCGAAAUUGGUUUUGCUUGCUGUUGACACCAGAUAUCCGCGAUUUAGUCGCAGGAAAUUGCACCAGGGAGAUUGCCACGUGUAUCUGUUUUGCAGGGCUGGCAGCGAUGACGUGGAUUGGAUAUGAUGUAAGUUUCUCGAUUUUUUUCUGAAAAAAAUCUCCAAAUUAUAAUUUGAAAUUGUCUCAGGGUCCAAUAUUCCUAGUCAUCUCCUUACUUGGUACCGUAUUCAUCGAAUACACAUGGGACGCGUGCUACCUUUGUGCCAUCGAAUCAAUGCAAACGACACUCCGCUCCUCAGCCACCGGAACUUGCUCAUUUUGGGCGCGAAUCGGAGCAAUUUUGGCACCUUUCUUGAAUAUGGCCACCGUCUAUUGGCCACCGGCCAUUUAUUGGGCUGUUAUUUUGUUGGGACUUGUGAAUUUGAUAAUUUCUUGGCGAUUUUUAGAGGAGACAAAAAAUGUGGAUUUAGCCGAAGUUGAAACAUGA